AACGACUUUCACGUUGAUAGACGAUAAGUCCUUGUCACACAGGCGGCUUCACCAAGUCCUAAUUUUGCCAAAGUCAACGCCAAUGUGCCUUUAACAAGUAACACGUUUUCCAAGUGACGAGGAUGACGAUGGAUGUCUUUCAGUCCCUGGGGCACGUUGAGACGUCGGGCGAACAGAGCGUGCCAAUCACUGGUUACGUGAGGCGUUACUGACAGCAGGCGGUCUAGUUGACGCACCAAAAGACACAAUGAACGGAGAGAGUCUCUUUAGACGAAUUGUCCAUAGUAAAUAUGAUGGCUGAGGGACCACCGGAAGCGACCCAUCACUACCCUACGCUUAUGACUUCCGUUCUCGUGACUGACUUCUGUCUCUCAGCUCCAGAGAACCCGUUUAUUUCUUUCUAUCGACUCAUAUGACGCUGAGUAAAUGAAUAUUUAGUUCAAUUGAUCAUGGUCAGACGAUUCGUGUUGGUAAACAAAGUGAGGGUUUCCACUUCAUUGUUUGAUACACUGAACCCUCUCGAUAAAAAUAAGUAACUACAAACCAUGAGGGGUGGCAGUAGCGAUAACAGUGGAAUGAUCACCAUCGUCCCUACGUCUGCAUCAUUGAAUUCGAUGGAAACGGGAGAUGAGACAUUUGAAAUGGAUGGAGAGGAUCAACAAUCAAUGUUAACACCAGCAGAUCAACUACCCAUGACAACUCCAUCUCCAACGGGUUAUAGGGACUAUCAACCUCCGGCAGAAGUCUUGGGUUACAAUGGUUAUCAAUCAAAUAUCUCUCGAAAUCUCAACAAAUUCAGUCCAAGACGAGACUUUGGUAAAGAGGAGGUUGAAGAAACUCACAAGACGAUUCUUUUGGGCGAUAGUGGUGUUGGUAAGACGUCUUUACUUGUUCGGUUCGAUACUGGAAGUUUUCAAACAGGAAAUUUUGCUGCUACAGUUGGUAUUGGAUUCACGAAUAAAGUGGUGGAUGUAGGCGACAUGAGAAUCAAACUUCAGAUAUGGGACACUGCUGGUCAAGAGAGAUUCCGUAGCGUGACCCAUGCGUACUACAGAGACGCUCAUGCGCUGCUCUUGCUCUACGACGUGACGAACAAGACUAGCUUUGAUAACAUCAGGGCCUGGUUAAGCGAGAUCCGGGAAUACGCACAAAGUGACGUAGUUAUCAUGCUUCUUGGCAACAAGACGGAUUGCGGAAAUGAGAGAGUGGUCAAGAAAGAGGAUGGUCAGCGUUUAGCGGAUGAGUAUCAAGUUCCAUUCAUGGAGACUUCAGCAAAGACUGGUGUGAACGUUGAUUUAGCUUUCUUGGCAAUUGCAAGGCAAUUACAAGCCCGCAAAAGUGAAAAUCCUGAUGAAACCAAGUUCAACGUACAUGAGUACGUACGUCAGCAGUCACAGAGUAGAAGUACCUGCUUUAGUACGAAUUGCCAGACGACCUGAAUUGUGCGGCCGGUUUUCUGCGCAAACAAUAGUAGCGUUUGCAACGGUCUCUUUCUCGUCAAACUGUUGGGGGAAUCAGGGAUCACACAUUGAAAUUCGUUGAAUCGUAACCACAGUGGAAGUGUUACAGUUUAAAUGACAAAGUUUCCAGGGUGCAGGAUGCCUAGAAAAAAAAUAUAUAUAUACAACACAAAUAAAUUAAACACAAUUAACAAAAAAUGUUAUAAGUUAAAUUAUUUAAAUAUUCAAAAAGAAAAAAACCAAGACUGGUGCUUGGGUCUAUAUGAUAUUAAUGUAGUUAUUGAGAUGACAACAUAAAUAAAUAAUGAAAAUGAAUACAGUGAUGUAGCUUACAUUGAAAUUAAUGUACUAGAGUAUUACAUGUAUAUUCUUAAAAUAUUAGAUGAUAUAUGAUUUCAAUGAGUAUUAGAAAAGUUCUAGAAUUGUCAUAAUUCAAUGUUUUUGAAUUAUUUUUCAGAUUAAUUUUAUUCCACCAAAAUUUGAUUAGAACAAAACUACUUUAUAUUUACAUGAAGCAUGAUAAAGUUAUUAGCAAAUUAUGAGCUUUUUAAUGAAUUAUUUUUAUGAUGAAAAUUGUUUUUAUAAAAAUAUUUCAAAACACAGAUGAUUUGAAUUAAAUAAUUACAUUCAAGCAUAAGUCCAUAUUGAAUAGAGGUUUCAGCUGAUAAUAUGCCUUAAUUUUUAAAAAUACAAUUUUUGUAAAUUAUAUAUUCAUUUUUCAACUGCAGAAGAGUUAGAUUAAAGGAAAAAAUUCUUAAUAUAUAAAGAAACUAAACCUUGGUAGCAAGAAAUUUUUGUGAAUUAAAUUAUCUAUGUUACUCAAGAGUUAAUUCUCAAAUAAUCUUGAACAAAUUACUGCUAUAUCAAAUGCCUAUGUGUAAUUAAUAUUGAUAUGUAGCCAUAGCAAAUUUAUUGUUAAGAUGGGAUCAAAAUUUAUCUUAAUUGACAAGAACCAAAGAACGAUAUAGUACUCCAAAACUUUUUGUUAACAAAAAAAAGUUAUUUAUUAUAUAAAAUAGUAAAGUGUAUUUAUUUUUCAAGAUGAAGAAAAAUCACCAAUUGCUUGAAGGAAUGAGUAAAUAAGAUUUAGAUGAUGUCAGAGGUGAAAUGAAAAUUUUGUUGCAAUGUUACAUGGAUGUAUAUUAAUUAAAUGUAUAUCUUCAAUGUCUGCGCUGCAAAUUUAUAAGACUUAGAAUGAGCGUGCGACAACAUAAUACUUGUUAUUUAUACGCAACUGUAACACUCUAGAAGCUUGCACUAAUUUAAUUUAUCUCAUCGUCUGUAUCGUACAAAAGUAUCUCAAAAUAUGUAUCCAAUAUCACGAUGAAAUUCAUUUCAGAUCUUCAUAUGAUUUAAAACAGAUGUAAGCUUUUUAUUACAUUAUUCUGCUUUACAACAAAAAUAAUGAUUGUAUUUUGUAUUAUCAGUAUAUUAUUAAUU